AUGUCUAUUGAGUUACAAACAAAACUUCGUAAUUUCUUAAUUAAUGCAGAAGAACAGCAUAUAACCUCAGGAUCAGUCAUCUAUAAAGCUAUAGAAGAUAAUCCAUGGAUAGAAAAAGAUGAAUUGAAAGAUAUUAUAAAAAAGGCGAUAUCAUUUGCUAAAAAGAGAAGUAUUCAGGGUUCCUUGCGAUACGAGAUACUUUGUGAUAUUCUUCCAGAGAAAGUAGUUCCAAACAUGGUGCCUGAAUCUCUUCCGCCAAUCGUAGAAAAUAGAUGCGGUGAAUUUGUAAGGAAUUUCGUUACUUGUGGUCAUACUCAGUUACCUCAGGCACUUAUACAUGAUGGAAAAUAG